AUGGACAGAAUGUUUGCGAUGCAUGCCACUUUUUUGGUGCGUUUUUGAUGAAUUCUGGUUGAUUACUUUUGAUUUUGAUGCAUUCUUUAAUGUUUACGGACUUUUAGAUCGUUUUGUGCCCACGGCAACCCUCUGUGCUUAGUGAUUCAACGUUUUAUCAGCUUCUGAAUGAAUUUAGCUGGGAGAGAAGGAAAUGUUGGUAUUUUGAUUGAGAUCAAGGAAUCCGCAGAGAUUGAGACGGCCGUUAAAGGUUUGAAAUGGGGAUUCAAUGAGCUGAUAGCACUGGUCGCUGUGGAUGAUUUGACAAGGUAAGGGCUUGGCCGCUGAGCUUUGCGCUAAAUUUUGGUAAAGUGUUUUUUAUAUUAUUCUUCUUUUAGAGAGUUGUUAUCAAAACUGGUAUCUUCUACAAGUAUAUCUGGAAUUCUCUUGGUCCGAGAUCGUACUCGACCCUUUGACGGAUUUUCUGAGGAUGGGAUCAGCCCAAAUAAGGAGUAUUGUAAGUUGUUUCAACCAGAUGUUCCUUUUCUGUCAUGUGUAAUAUCGGGAAAUGGCAAAAAUCUUUUUUCAAAUUGAUGUAAUUUUACUCUCACUGUUUCCAGCCAUAUAUGGAGAAGAAACUUUAAACUGGAAUGAGUUAUCGGCCAGUGGAUUUCUCAAACAAACGUCAAAAAGCCUCUGUGUCUAA